AUGGUUUCCGUCACGCUGUCGAUACGGCAAUUCAGCGCGUGUCUACGAUGCGUGCAACAGGUUUCUGGCGCCAAUGUCACGCCUCGGCGCCUGCUCUCGUCAUCUACAACAGCUCGUGAGGAUCUGCAGACACAGUCUUCGACUCCUCUACCGCCGCCUCCUUCAGACCCGCCGACAGAUUCUACUCAGAUCAGUGCUCCCCAAGAGACUCCUGAAUACAUGCAGAAAUGGGGAACCCUCGACCCCCAAAUGGUGGAGAAUAAGAAACAGGAGCGCCGACUGCUUCGAAGGGAGCACCUCCAGCCCGUUGGAUCCCGCCGUCGUCGUGCUGUCCUUCGACGCUCUACAAUACAACAGGCCACCGAGGUGCCCUUUGAACAGCUUCCAUACCAAUGCUUCCAGGAGGCCAGAAGGUUUCUGUUGGAAGAUAGGCAGGAGAAGCUUAAGGAAAUCGAGACGCAACAAAUUAGGAUAAAGAACUUGGUAGAACAGGACCCGGCCGUGAGCGGCGGUCUCCUGGCGAAGGAGGCCCGCAUUAGGAGCAUGAGAAAGCAUCUGAAUGAGCUAGUCAUCUUAGCGGACAUUAACGACCCAGUAGUCAAGCGGAAGUUCGAGGAUGGACAAGGCGACAUGAAUAAGCCCAUCUACCGCUACCUGGCCGAUGAGAAAUGGCGAAAGUACAAGCGCCUCGUGCUCGAGCAGCGUAUCACCCAACUGGACGUCGUUCCCGACUUCCUUCCCACGAUCGAUCUCGUCGCAGACAUUGACCUUGGCUUUGGACGAAAACCUGUGGCCCCCGGCGAUUUUGUAGACUCAGCCAUCAGCGAAAAGAUGCCCCGACUCAAUGUUCAGACCUUCACACCCGGAGAGAAGCUGGUUACCGUAGUUGUGGUAGACGGCGAUGUGCCUGUACCUGAGACGGAUAGCUUCACCUAUCGCUGCCACUUGAUUGCUUCCAACAUCUCGAUUUCGCCCACGCAGACUUCCAUACCACUUCAGCGCAUCGCGCAAGAGGACCAGAAGAUUGAGGACCCAGCUGCGAAGAAGAUUAGUGUACCAUGGAUUGCUCCAUGGGCGCAUAAAGGUGCACCAUACCACCGUUUGGCAAUCUUCGUCCUGGAGCAGAGUGAGGCGAAAUCUCUCGAUAUUGCCAGGCUUAGCAAGACGAAGCGCAACAAAUUCAACCUGCGAAGCUUUGUCGACUCGCACAAGCUGAACCCGAUUACUGCUACGUUGUUCAGGACGAAGUGGGAUGAGAGUAUGGCAGGCGUAAUGGAACGCGCUGGUUUCAAAGACCAGAUCAAUGUCGAGUUGAAGAGGAAGAGGGUCGAGCCAUUGCCCCACAAGCGACGGAUUGAACGAAUGCGGUGA